AAACUUGUGUCUGUCUCUUUUCAAAGUGCUAAUAAAGCAAAGACAUCCAAGCACUUUCAAGUGUUGAUAAUUGGGUUUCUUCCCAAAUAAUUUUAAUAAGGUGUGAUUCCACCUAGCACAGAUAAUGGCAUCCUAUUGAUUAGGUGCACUGAACAUUUUAUGCAAUCCCCCCAAAAACUCACAGGGAGAUUUGGUCGAACAAAAAUGCUUCUUGCUGUUUCAAGGAUAUGUUUGUGCUUUCUUUCAACCACCCCAUUUUGUUGGGUGUAUCUGCUUAACUUAGUUAUUGCUUGAUUCCAUGAUGAAUACAAAGUUGUAAGGCAUCUCCCUCAGUUAACUCUUUUGCAUUGUCUGUUCUAACACACUUAACUUUCAAAUCAAGUUGAUUUUCAAUAAACAGCUCAAAUUGAGCAAAAAUAGAAGCAAAAGCAGAUUUAUUCUUAACAAGAUACACCUAAGUCAUCCUACUAAAAUCAUCAACAAUGGUAAUGAACUUGUUACACUUAGUUCUUGUAUAAAAUUAUAAAGGACCCCAUAUAUCUAUAUGUAACAAUUGUAAUGGUUGUGUUGAUUUACAUGAGGAGGUAGGGUAUAUAUUUCUAGUCUGUCUAGCUAGGGGACAUAUAAAUAGGGAGAUGACCCAUUCUAAGGUGCCAAAGCUUGGCCUUGUUGAUCAUCUGCUCAUGAGAAUUUGAGCUUAAGCUUCUUGAACAAGAGGCAGCAGCAGCAUGGUUGCAAGAUGGCAUAUGAUUCAAACCAUCAUAUUCAUCCCAGAGUUUUAAUCUUUAUAAGAAAAAAAUCAGAAAUAGAUAUCUCAAGGGUCUGAAUUACGUUGUUCAUCUUUUCUUGGAGAGAAAACAACUGGGCAUUAGAGCUUUGCCCAUAUCUUUCACAAAGUUCAGUCUAGAUUUCCCUUGAUGUUUUUUAAUUAGUUACUUCUUUAAUUAGUUGAUGGGCUGUGUUAGUCUCCAUUAAUUAGUUGUUGGGCUGCAUUAUUCUCCAUUAUUCGAUAUUUUGAUGCUUGCCUUUGAUUAAAGACGAACCCGUUUUCUAUCUGUAUGUUUUUUCUGAAUUUUUUUUUUGUUUUUUACUUAUUUUAUUGUUUUUAAAUAUGAUGCUAGUUAUUUUGCAAUUUAAUUUUAUCAUCGUUAGUAAUUUUGCAUAUUCAAAGUUAAACAGUCAUUGACAAUUUGAGAUAUAAAACUGACUGAAUUUUGAUAGUUUGAAGUUCUUGAAUGAUAUUUAAUUGUUUAUUAUUUUGCAAUUUCUAGAUCUUAAAUCGUAAUGUCUUGUUCUGGUUCUAACUCUGGUAAAAAUAAGAGAAAAAAAUACAUUAGGUAAUCGAACAGACCCAGGUUGGGAACAUGGUACUAGUGUUGAUAAAUUUAAAAGAAAGUAAAGUGCAACAAUGAUACAAUCACCCAUUGUUUUAGACGAUUUACCAUCUGAUGAUGAAUGGAUAGCUGAAAUUGAAGAUCAUGUUCUCCCAUCUGAUGGACAGUGGUUGAAUGCGCUAGAUAGAGCUGCACGAAGGUUUACUUGAUCGGUAGCACAGGAGAUUAAAUCAAUGAUGGAGAAUUCAAUGACAAUGAAGGUAUGGCUUUUUCCUUAAUUUUUAGCUUGCUAAUGCAACUGUCCUUGACAAGUCUUAAGGCACUGCAGACGCAGGCAAGAUACUUAACAGUGAUGGAGGCUGUCCCAUUUGUGAUCAAGUGCUAUCUAAGAGGUGAGCUCUUCAGUCUUAUGAGACCUGUGGAUAUAAAUCCAAAUGAUGAAUGGGUGAAUAUGGUAAUGGCAGGAAUUUCACCGCAAAUUUUGAUGAAGAGUGCAUACAGAAGUGUGAUGUUUUAUAUCGGGCAAAAAGAACUAGAAAUGCAAUGCAAAAUGAACGGGUUAGUAACUCAGUGCCGACAGAAAUGUGAGGCGAUGCAAGAAAGCUUCAGCGAGAAAAUGGAGCAGGUGCAUACUGCUUACCAAAAAAUGGCGAAAAAGAGUCAAAUGAUGGAACAAGAAAUUCAGAAUUUGUCCAAAGAUAAGCAAGAGCUACAAGAAAAAUUUGCUGAGAAAUCUAGACAGAAGAGAAAACUUGAUGAAAUGUAUGAUCAGUUGAGGAGCGAGCUUGACUUAGUGAAAUGUUCUGCCAUACAACCAGCAAAUGAUUUCUAUUCCAGAGCUGACCCUGAUCUCUUUUCCAACCCCACAAACUUGAUGGAUAACCAUGAUACUCUAAGAAAAGAUGGAUUGGUUUUUACUCCUGAAACUCCAGGGCGGUCAAGGGAGGAUGUCUGGCCAGCAACAGCAAGGCAAAAUAGUUCCAACUCUGGAGGAACGUUUGAUGUCUCGGCUAAUUCACCAUCAAGGCGAGGACCAGUUCCCAUGGAUACUGUAACCAGGACUGGUGGCUAUCCACCCUUUGGAACAGGAAAUACCAACCCUUCCAAUACUCUCAGGAAUCUGGUUCUUUCUCCUAUAAAACGACCUCAGUUAUCAUGCAACCGCCCUCAUCUUUUUACGUAGGAUGUAAUUAGGACAUAUAUGGCUAUUGCUUAACAUUUCUUUUUCUCAUUGUGAGCAUUUCUGCCAAUGAAGACUGCAUUUACAAAGGAGAAUCCGAUACAUGACAUUCUAUCGAUAUUUCAAAAGUCAAAUUUGCAAAUCGGGAGCAGACAGAGAUUUUAUUAUUUUUGAAAUCCAUUUUUGUUAAAAAGUACUUUUAGUAGUGAUUUGGAAAAGGUUUGAUUUGACUCAAAUAGUUGGUUUGCAAAAAUGCCCGAUUUGGAAAAGGUUUGAUUUGACUCAAAUAGUUGAGCUUACAAAAAUGCCCCCAUGCAGGAUCGAACUACAGACCUUCAGUUUACAAGACUGACGCUCUACCACUGAGCUAUAGGGGCUAUUGAUAAUUACUUUUAACCUUCCUUUUAAUAAAUCAGCUAGUCUCUUGAGGAACAGUCUCCAAUACAGUUCAUUAAAGCUUGAUGUCUACUUGUUGUAUUUUUAAUGUCAGCUUAUAUAUCAUCCUUAAUGCAUAAUUACAGUAUCCUUAAUAUCUAUUUACAAUAUCCUUGAUACAUACCGAGUAAAUGUGCAUUUUUUUUAUGGAUCAACUUAAUUUGAGAUAUUAUAAGUACUGCACGUUUAAUGCCACUCCCACAAAUCUGUGUUAAUAAAUUUGAGAUGAACACUUAAAAGAGACCAUCGCCCACAAAUUUGUGUUAAUAAAUUCCAAACAAACAAAAUGUGAUAAGUAA